CUUACCAAACAUAACAAGUGAUGAUAAUAAACAAAUAUAAAUAUCUAACAAUUUUUAAUUUAAUUAAUUCGUUUACUUUUUUAGGAUAAUAACAAAUUUUGCUUAGGUAAGUAGUUUCCAUGAUCCAUGGUGGUGACUCUGAAUAUCCAAUCACAUACUUUGCAUAUUCUUCUUCUUUGGUUUAAUCCACACACUUUGUUUUCUUUGUUUUUUGUUAUACUUAUAAGAUAAUUUGAAUAGGUAUAGAAGAAGUAUUAUUGGAGGUGUAAAAAUGAAUGGAAUUGGAAGUGGGAAUGGAAGGUUUAGUAAUAUGGAGAUGGAAUAUAUAAGAAGACAUCACCGGCAGCAGCCUGGACAUAAUCAGUGUGCUUCUGCUCUUGUUAAGCAUAUUAGAGCACCGGUUCCUCAGGUAUGGUCCUUGGUAAGAAGGUUCGAUCAGCCGCAGAAGUACAAACCCUUUGUAAGGAGAUGUGUUGUAAGGGGAAACCUUGAGAUUGGAAGUCUUAGAGAAGUUGAUGUUAAGUCAGGGCUUCCUGCUACCACAAGUACAGAAAGACUCGAAGUCCUUGAUGACAAUGAACAUGUUCUCAGUAUCAGGAUUAUUGGUGGUGAUCAUCGACUUACGAACUAUUCGUCGGUGAUGUCUCUCCACCCUGAAAUUAUUGACGGAAGGCCAGGAACACUAGUAAUUGAAUCUUUUGUGGUGGAUAUACCUGACGGGAACACCAAAGACGAGACCUGCUACUUCGUUGAAGCGGUUAUUAAGUGCAAUCUCAAAUCACUUGCCGAUGUCUCAGAAGGAAUAGCUUUGCAAGACCGCACCGAACCAAUUGAUCGGGUAUAGGAGCUUAUAAUAAGAAGGUUCUUCCAAGGACAUAUAGCUGCCACGGAUGAAGCUUCAGCGGUUUUCCUCUCGGAGGCUUAGGAGACGGACUGGCGAUUUGUACUGAGUGAUUUGAUUCCAUUUGCUCUAUUGAUUAUCCAUUGUUAUAUAUACUGGUUUCUUUUUUCUGUAGUAAAAGAAUAACAAUAUGAGACACGAUUCGAUCCGGUGCAGUAACAAGUGAUAGUUCAGGUGCUUCUUGCAGAUGUCUAAGGUUUUUGUUUUCUUGGUAUGUUCUUCAUUGUAUAUAACAUGGUGAUUAAACAUGGUGUGUAGAUUUAUUUUGAUUGGUCAGGUGAAGUUUCUAUUUGUGUUAGCCAAGGUUAAUUCUUGUAACAGAGUUUUAUAGCUUCAUAGAUUUUGUGUUUCCUUUGCA